AUGUCGGGAAGCGCGGGCUACGAUAGACAUAUUACUAUAUUCUCGGACCAGGGGAGGUUGUACCAAGUCGAAUAUGCUUUCAAAGCCAUUACAGCUGCCAACAUCACAUCACUCGGAGUUCGAGGCAAGAACUGUGCUGUGAUUAUAUCACAGAAGAAGGUUCCGGAUAAGCUCAUUGAACCAUCCUCCGUGUCCCAUGUCUUCAAGAUUUCCCCAUCAGUGGGCUGCGUCGUAACGGGUUCGAUAGCAGAUGGUCGAGCACAGGUUACCCGAGCACGAAGUGAAGCUGCAGAGUUCGAGUACAAGUUUGGAUAUGAGAUGCCAUGCGAUGUCCUCGCAAAGCGCCUUGCCAAUAUCAGCCAGGUGUACACACAAAGGGCCUACAUGAGACCUCUGGGUGUUGCAACGACUCUGAUCUCGGUCGACUCUGAAAAUGGUCCGCAACUAUUCAAGUGUGACCCAGCCGGGUACUACGUUGGAUACCGAGCCACCGCCUCCGGACCCAAGCAGCAGGAGAUCCUCAACCUAUUGGAGAAGAAGCUGAAGAACAAGGACGACGGAGGUGCAAGCUGGGAAGACGUGGUGGAGCUGGCGAUAACGACCCUGGGUACCGUGCUGAGUGUUGAUUUCAAAAAGGGCGAGAUAGAGGUUGGCAUUGUGGGUGGACCCCGUGCGGAUGGCACCAAGGGCACACAGACCGCGUUCCGUACGUUGACGGAGGACGAGAUUGAGGAACGGCUGCAGGCCAUCAGCGAAAGGGAUUGA